AUGUGCGUGUCUGUGGUGGGCCAGCCUCGGGGUCAGCUCGCUGACCUGCUCGAAGCUGGCGGCGACGUGCAGCAGCUCGCCGCGCUCGCGCAGUCCGGACAGCGCAGCGAGCUCUCUGCCGCGCUGGUCGCUCUCGGCUUCACCAAGCUCGGCCAGCGGAUGCGGGUCGAGCGCGCCCUGCUCGCAGCUCCGCCUGCGGUGCCAGAGGUGGACAGUGCCGCCUUCUGGCUGGGCGUGGCCGACUCGAGUGCUCGCGCCGUGGACGGAUCUGCGCCCAGCUGCAACUACGAGGCGCACGCCGCUGCAGUCGCGGCCCAGGCCUCCGAGGCGAGGCGGAGGGAAGCUGCCGCUGCGGAGGCUCACGCCGAGGCGGCGGCGGCGGCGGCGGCGGCGCGGGAGGCGGAUACGGCGUGGCGGACGGACGGCGGCGUUGCGACCGCGCUGCGAAGCGGAUUUCUCGCCGACGCCGGCGACGAGCUCGCCUCCGUCCGAGGCGCGUCCGGCGUCUCUGCCACCUCUAUGUUGCGGCGCACGCACUACCUCCGCCCGACACCGAUCGGGAGCGGGCGAGUGCUACGGCAGAGGCUCAGCGCCAGCGGCAGCUUCCUCGGCCCCACGGAAGUGUUUGCGGGCCGCGGCGCUUCCCUCAUCCGUGACGCGUGGGGCGUCUCUUGUGCGGUGGACGGCGGCUCGAGCUUGCUCGUGGCGUGCCAGGGCGAGGACCCGGCCAGCGAGGAGGCGAUCGUCCAGCUGCGGCAGUUUGUCGAGUUGCAGCUGAGGAGACGCGAGGAGGCGCCUCAGCUUUCGGAGCUUGGGCUGCGCCUUGCGGGCAUGCCAGCGUGCUCAAAAACGCUGCGGAGCACACGAUUCAACUACACCGCCGACUCGUGCCCGUGCUCGCUCGGCGGCUGCACGUCGCUGUGGCCAUGCACCGCCUCGCGCCUCUGCUUCAAACACGAUCUGCCCUCUGCCGCAGUCGCAGCGUCCCACCGCGCUGCAGCGCUGGGCAGUGCCACCGCGAGCUCCGACCUCGAUGGUGACGGUGGCGGCCGGGGCAGCCACGGCGUCACGUACCUCUUCUUCCUCUCCUUCAACCGGUCGUUAGUGCGCAAUGCCUUUGCCUCCAACCCGUGGAAGGCGCGUGCCAGGGAAGUCAACCGCGUCCUCUGGUUCAUGCACACCGCACGAGCAGUCGGUGCGGCCGGCGUGAGGCUGCUGUCUGGGCCGAUGGUGCCUUCCCCCGCGUGGGCCUCGAAGUGGCACCGCCUCUCCUUCAACAAGAUCGCGGCGCUCUCCUUCACGCAGUUCCGCAAGGUGGUUGUCCUCGACAACGACGUCGGCCUGCUCCGGAGCAUGGACCACAUGCUGCUCCACGCGCCCGCCCCCGCCGCCGUCUUCCACACCACCAUCGGACCGCUCGCAAAAAGGACGCCGUGCGCGGUCACGACCGGGCUGCUCGUACUUCGGCCGUCACAGCGCGCCUUUGCCCGCGCGCUCUCCACGCUGGCGGCGAUGAACUACUCACGCGAGACCUACGACGGCGGCGACGAGGAGUUCUGGCUCCGCUACUUUGCGGACGGGGCGGCGGCGGGCGAGCCGCUCUACGAGCUGCCGUGGAGGUACCACACGCACCGCUUGCUGCCGCUGCCUCCGGAAGAGUGGUACCGCGUGCGCAUGCUCCACCUCAUCGGCAGCCUGGCCGGCCGCGGCUUCUGCAUCCCGCGGAACGCGACCCGCGCCGCAGAAAUGUAUCCGACGUGGACCACCAGGACAGAGAAAUGGGGGCUGUGAACGAAGAGGUGUCAGCACAGGGUUCGCCCACCCUCUCAAACCGACUCGCACAAUCGGUCGAUUUAAAAAUAAAACAAAAA